AUGGCGGAAACUGCCUCCGCCCCAACAACAGCGCCUACGACCGGUACGCCCGCGCCGCCAACAAGCGGCUCAACAGCAGGGGCUCCGAAUGCGCCGAAUGAGCAGAGCGCGGCCAAUCGCGGUAUACCGUAUUAUGAGAAGCUGCGACGAGAGCUUAGGGAUACAUUGGCUAAGAAGCGAUUGAUGGAUAAGAGCAUGGCCCAACUCGAAGAACAAAUCUUUCGUUUCGAACAAUCAUACCUCGAAGAAACAACAGCAGGAAACAUUAUUAAAGGAUUCGACAACUAUAUUAAGGGAUCAGCAAAUGCAUCUACCCUCGGUGCAUCAGGACUUAGUCUUGGAUCCGGGGUAGCGCGCCGAAAAGCAAAUGUCACGGAUUCAGAUCGAGUCUUCUCCCGAAGUUCUGCAAGUUACAUGAUGGAUUCCCCCGGUCCCUCAUCAGUUCAGUCUACCCCUUCACACGCCGCGACGCCAACAUCUACGACUGGCGGAACUAUUCCUCCCAAAAUCAAUGGAGAAGCAUCAGCAUCAGCUAAGAAUUCAUCGGGAUCCUCUAAGAAUAAGAAGAAGUCUAGUGGUGGGGGGUCGAAAAAUACAAAGGGGAAGAAUCAGACGGAAGAGGUUUCUGAUGAGGAUAAACCGUCUGCUGCUAAGCGGAUGAAGAUUAGUUAUGGGCGGGACUAG